AACCACGCCUCUGUUCAAGGAGCGUACUAGCCACAGGGAUUGUUGUUAGCGGGUUUGCUAGCAGGGGCAGUUCUUCUUUGACAUUUCAAUUGGAAUAUGCACCUUCAAUCUUGAUACGGUUUAACUGGCGAUUUUUUGUCAUUUGACUGAGAAAAUCCAAAUUUGGUUCGACAAGUUGUUAUUGGUCUCAGUCAGUUGAGCUCUUUUGAGUAUGAAUAUACAAUGAAGCGGCGUGUGGAGGAUCAGGAACCAGUAUUUGCGUCCCAGCAGCAGCGUCGCCCCCCAGUCCCAGGUACUGCGGAGGGCUUCCAGCACCGCGUCCUAGCCCCAGCCGUGUACGAGGCCGUCACCGACAACAUGCAGCCUUCCCCCGGCAUCCAAUACUCCAUCCCCCAGGGUUACCAGGUUCCCACAAUGCCCCAGAACUCCAGUGGCCAUGGACAUGCCUCUAGUCCCGCUGCACUUGUCGGGCCCCACCCCCACAGUCCAGCUGUCCAAUCACAGGGGGCUGCGGUGGUCCAGAGCCAUGCCCAUCCUUUGGCCCCUAUGGCCCCCUCACAGGGUGCCCAGUUCCAGCGACUCAAGGUUGAAGAUGCUCUGUCCUACUUGGACCAAGUGAAACUGCAGUUUGGGAAUCAGCCUCAAGUCUACAACGACUUCCUUGACAUCAUGAAAGAGUUCAAGUCACAGAGCAUCGACACUCCAGGUGUGAUCAGCCGUGUCUCCCAGCUCUUCAAGGGCCACCCAGACCUCAUCAUGGGAUUCAACACCUUCCUGCCGCCGGGCUACAAGAUCGAGGUCCAGACCAACGAGCAGGUCAACGUGACCACGCCAGGACAGAUCCACUACAUCACCCCGCACGGCAUCUCUGUCCAGAACCUCCCCGUUACGGGGCCACCCAGCCAGCCGGUGCCCCAUCAUCACCAGGCCCUGCAGCUGCCCAGUGGACCCCCCACCAGCACCGCCACAGCCAGCACCGCUCUACCCACCCAGCCUACACCGGCCAAGACCAGCAAGCCGAUGCAGUCUCCUGCCCUGACCCCGACUAGCCAACCCAACCCAUCAAUCCCAUCCUAUGCCUCCCCACGGUCCCCCUCGGUCCAGUCCCACGCCCCGGUGAGCAGCACCCCUUCCAGCGGGCCUCCCCUGCAAAACAACCAGCCAGUGGAGUUCAACCACGCCAUCAACUACGUCAACAAGAUCAAGAACCGCUUCCAGGGGCAGCCCGACAUCUACAAAGCCUUCUUGGAGAUCCUGCACACUUACCAGAAGGAGCAGCGAAACGCGAAGGAGGCGGGGGGGAACUACACUCCGGCAUUAACAGAGCAGGAGGUGUACGCUCAGGUGGCACGGCUCUUCAAGAACCAGGAGGACCUGCUCUCGGAGUUCGGACAGUUCUUACCGGAUGCCAACAGUUCAGUGAGUUGUCCCCCUUUUCUCCAGCUGCUGAGCAAGACCACGGCCGACCGGGCGGAGUCGGUGCGCAACGACCACGGCACCACGGUCAAGAGGCAGCGGCUCAACCAGAACGGCUGUCCAAUCCGGAGGCAUUCUGGAGCGGGCGCAACGCCUCCCGUCAAGAAGAAACCCAAGAUGUUGGGGAAAGACCAUGCCAUGGCUGAGGCCAGCAAACACAGCAUCGGCACAGAAUCUCUCUUCUUUGAAAAGGUGAGGAAAGCCCUCCGGAGCUCUGAGGCCUAUGACAACUUCCUGCGUUGUCUGCUCAUCUUUAACCAGGAAGUGAUUUCUCGUGCAGAGCUUGUGCAGCUAGUGCUGCCAUUCCUGGGAAAAUUCCCAGAGCUGUUCUCCUGGUUCAAAAACUUCCUGGGCUACAGAGAGUCCAGCCACAUCGAGAGCUUUCCCAAGGAGAGGACCACAGAAGGCAUGGCCAUGGAGAUUGACUACGCUUCCUGUAAGAGGUUGGGCUCCAGCUACAGGGCGCUACCCAAGAGCUACACACAGCCCAAGUGUACAGGGAGGACCCCACUGUGUAAAGAGGUCCUGAAUGACACGUGGGUGUCGUUCCCUUCGUGGUCAGAGGAUUCCACCUUUGUCAGCUCCAAGAAGACCCAGUAUGAGGAGCAUAUUUACAGAUGUGAGGACGAGCGCUUCGAGCUGGACGUGGUGCUGGAGACCAACCUGGCCACCAUAAGAGCUCUGGAGGCCGUACAGAGGAGGCUGUCGCGCAUGACGGCCGAGGAACAGGUCAAGUUCCGGCUGGACAACACCAUGGGCGGCUGCUCCGAGGUCAUCCACCGCAAGGCCAUCCAGAGGAUAUACGGCGACAAGGCCGCCGACAUCAUCGACGGGCUCAAGAGGAACCCGGCUGUGUCCGUCCCUAUAGUACUCAAGAGGUUAAAGAUGAAAGAAGAAGAAUGGAGGGAAGCCCAGAGAGGAUUCAACAAGAUCUGGAGGGAGCAGAAUGAGAAGUAUUACCUCAAGUCCCUGGACCACCAAGGCAUCAACUUCAAGCAGAAUGACACCAAGGUGUUCCGCUCAAAGACCUUGCUCAAUGAGAUUGAGACCAUCUACGAUGAGCGACAGGAACAGGCUUCCGAGGACACGGCCCCCAUGCCUGGCGGGCCCCACAUGACCCUGACCUACCAGGACAGCCAGAUCCUGGAGGACGCUGCCGCGCUCAUCAUCCACCACGUCAAGAGGCAGGUCGGCAUCCAGAAGGAGGACAAGUACAAGAUCAAACAGGUCAUCCACCACUUUAUCCCAGACAUGCUGUUCGCCCGGCGCGGGGAGCUGUCGGAUGUAGAGGAAGAGGAAGACGAGGAGGAGGAAGAGGAAGAAGACGAAACCGGGCCAGAUGAAGACGGGUCAAAGAAGCACAACGGGUUGGCUGGCAGUGGUGGCUCCGCUAAGUCUAAGCUGCUAUUCGGCAACACGGGGGCACAGAAACUGCGUGGCCUAGACGACGUCUACAACCUCUACUACGUCAACAACAACUGGUACAUCUUCCAGCGCCUGCAUCAGAUCCUCUGUUUGCGGUUGUUGCGCAUCUACGGGCAGGCAGAGAGGCAGAUCGAGGAGGACUGCAGGGAACGGGAGUGGGAGAGGGAGGUGCUGGGUGUCAAACGGGAUAAGAGUGAGAAUCCUGCCGUCCAGCUGAGACUAAAGGAGCCCAUGGACAUUGAAGUGGAGGACUACUACUCUGCCUUCCUGGAGAUGGUGCGGAACCUCCUGGACGGUAACAUGGAGCCCACCCAGUACGAGGACUCCCUCAGGGAGAUGUUCACCAUCCACGCCUACACUGCCUUCACCAUGGACAAGCUCAUCCAGAGCAUUGUCAGACAGCUCCAGCACAUUGUGAGUGAUGAGCUCUGCGUGCGCGUGACAGACCUUUACCUGAGCCAGAGCACCAACAAGGCCACCGGCGGCGCCCUGUCCACCCAGGCCUCCAGAGCGACCGCCGAGGGGGCAUACCAGCGCAAGGCGGAGCAGCUCAUGUCCGACGAGAACUGCUUCAAGCUGAUGUUUGUGAAGAGCCAAGGCAGCGUGACCCUGACCCUGGAGCUGCUUGACACGGAGGAGGAGAACUCUGACGAACCCGCUGAGACAGAGCGGUGGUGCGACUACGUGGGACGCUACCUGAACUCGGACUCAGCGUCUCCAGAGCUGCGCGAGCACCUGGCCCAAAAGCCUGUGUUCCUCCCCAGGAACCUUCGGCGGAUCCGGAAGUGCCAGAGAGGGUGGGAGCAGCUGCAGCAGGCGAAGGCGGCUACGGGGACGUUGGAGAAGUCCCACAGUGCUGAGGACCUGAAGAUGGAGUGCAUGUUCAAACUCAACUCAUACAAGAUGGUGUACGUCUUCAAGUCGGAGGACUACAUGUACAGGCGCACUGCGUUGACCCGGGCUCAUCAGUCCCACCAGAGAGUCCACACUCGCCUGCACCGCCGCUUCCAAGGCUUGGUGGACACCUGGGCCAAGGAACACGUGACCAGCGACAUGGCCACCGACACCCGCAAGUGGCUGAUGGGAGAGCGUCGCGAGGGUCUGUUGCCGUGCACCACCACCCGGGAUCCCCAGGUCCUCUAUUACCUGAAAAUCAACAGAUACCAUGUGACGUAUCAUGGCAGCUCCUCAGGGGCACCUUAGCUCAACCCGGGUGACGAGAUUUACAUUUACAUUUAAGUCAUUUAGCAGACGCUCUUAUCCAGAGCGACUUGAGAUGACAGGAGUGUAUUACUUGUCGUCAUUUUAAUACAUCAGUUUGGCAGCAAAUUGCUGGAUUCUGGAAACUGAUGGAUUACUUUAUAUUUGUUUUUAUAAGGACUUUUUAAAUGGACCCUCCCUAUCUUUGCAGCACAAAAAAAAAGCCAAAUUUCCUAUGUGGCCACCAACCAGUUGUCCAUCAGCCCCCUGAACCCCCACCCACCCCUACCAGCCUGUCUUAUGCCCCCUUUGAAUACAGCAGAAGACGUGCUGCGACCGAAUACUCUGAGUGCAAGAAAGGAAGCCGUUGUCGUGAAACAGCUAUUGAUCCUCGGCUGGACUGAUCCUCAGACUGAUGGAUACUGUUGAGAGCCAUGCAGAAAGAGCCAUACAGAAUGCUUGGCCUUCUCCCCCCCUGUUUUGAAGCAAUAUACACCCAUUGAAGUGGUUGAGGAGCACCACACCAUCUGGUGUACAGGUCUCUAGUUUAACUGCUAAGGGGAACCACACAAGUCUCUCACAACCACUGUGAGUAGGAAGACUAGCAUACAGGCAUGGACUAUGAACAUGUAUUUUAUCCAGACCACAAGAUGGCUUUUGGAUUUUGUAUAAUUGUAAAGCCUGUGAAUGUUUUUUUCAGUGGUACAGGUAUGUGUACUAUGUGUCCACAACAUCUCUGGCAGCCGUGGUGUAGUUAUUGGGCAGAUUUCUGCGAAAAUACCAGGUUUUCCCCCAGUCAGUCAAGUAUAGUAACAUCAGACUACCCACAUACUGCUGAUUUUGUAAAUAGCUUGUUGAUAGUCGUCAUUUUUGUCCGAGAUGUGCAUUGAUGUGUACCCUAACAGACUUAGUUUAGACCUCGGGUCAAAAGUUGCUGAAGAGAAAUAGCCUAUAUUGAAAAUGCUCAAAUUUUAACAACUGUUUUUACCAAAGGAACUUUAUUAGAGCCUUUUUCCUUUGUGUUCUGUUUCUUUCGUGUUAUGUCAUGUAAGCCUUCAUUUAGCAAAGUAUAACGUUUUCAUUGUCUUGAAAUGGAUCAUUUUAUACAAAAUGUUUCAAGACCUUAUUUGUCUAUCUGGUUUUUCACUCAAGUCAUUGGCACCAGUUCCCAUUCGGAAUUUCUGAACAAUGAAUGUAGCCUAGAAACGAUUUACGUUUUCCCUGUACAUAAUGUAAACGGUUUGUACCCCCUAAACCAAUUCUCCAGUAAUAUAUCCAUCAGAAUGUCUGGAUCAGGCAUCAAAUAUGGAACCGCUGAUUCCAUAAAUCCACGUCGUCUUAUUGUGGUCGGGAUGAUAGUUGCCAUUGGUAACAGGCAGGUUGUUGCGUGUUAAGAUUCCCACUUGGAUCACAGGUUCCUCCUCCGGGGCCACAGUAGAGGGAUCAGUCAUGCCACCACCUCCACAGGACCAAUCAGCCACAUGCAGCAUCCCCAUCUCUACUUUCUGGUAAAUGUCACUUUAAACAUGAUUCAGAGACGUAAGCCUCAGAGACGUAAGCCUCAGAGACGUAAGACUCAGAGACGUAAGACUCUUAGACGUAAGACUCUUAGACGUAAGACUCAGAGACGUAAGCCUCAGAGACGUAAGACCUCAGAGACGUAAGCCUCAGAGACGUAAGCCUCAGAGACGUAAGACUCAGAGACGUAAGACUCAGAGACGUAAGACUCUUAGACGUAAGACUCUUAGACGUAAGACUCUUAGACGUAAGACUCAGAGACGUAAGACUCAGAGACGUAAGAAUCAGAGACGUAAGCCUCAGAGACGUAAGCCUCAGAGACGUAAGCCUCAGAGACGUAAGCCUCAGAGACGUAAGACUCAGAGACGUAAGACUCUUAGACGUAAGACUCUUAGACGUAAGACUCUUAGACGUAAGACUCUGAGACGUAAGACUCUGAGACGUAAGCCUCAGAGACGUAAGACUCUGAGACGUAAGACUCUGAGACGUAAGACUCUGAGACGUAAGACUCUGAGACGUAAGACUCUGAGACGUAAGACUCUGAGACGUAAGACUCUGAGGCGUAAGACUCUGAGGCGUAAGACUCCCGAGUCUGUUUCUGAAGCACAAUCAUGUUCCAUUAAAAUCAAUCCAGAUGAGAUGUGGUUCUGCCUACUUUACAAGGUAUUGAUAAUGUCUCAAUAUAAAGAGAACAGUGGUAAUGCCCCCCCCCCCAAUGAUAAACAGCACUGUUUUAUACUGUCAUGUUGUACACGUUCGGAAGGUGCAGGUGUAGACACACACACACACACAUAUAUACAAUGAUUUGUGAAAUUGUAUUCUGAUCGCCAAAUCUGGUCCAUGUCCAUAAUAAGAUCCACAUUGACAAAUCUGGUCCAUGUCCAUAAUAAGAUCCACAUUGACAAAUCUGGUCCAUGUCCAUAAUAAGAUCCACAUUGACAACCAUAUGAGUAUAUGUAAAUGUAUACCAUUCAACCGCUACAAUUGAAUCAUCAACAACCAAGCAACAAGCACACUGCAUUUGACAUGCGAUUCCUUUUUCUUGUAAGAAGUCCUGUCCCCAGAAAGGUUGCGCCUGUAGUGUUUUGGGUUGGUGGUAAUACUUCCAUUUUCCCAGUGUUUCAUCAUCGAAUGAAUUAAGUUUCAUUUUGUCUAACCACAUGUCACACCACUCGGUACCUCUUCACGUCUGACCAGAACCUUCUCAUCUGGCUCUGUUUCUGUCCAGCAUAGCCUGUAAAUUCUGGAUGUUAAUUCUGAUCUCACAUGAGAACCUGGGCAUUCCGAUUUACAUGAACAAAUGUAAACAAAAACACUUUGGCUACGGACAUCAACCAGAUCCUCAGAUCCACUUGACUGAAGUCUUGCUCCUACAUUACCGAUGGAACGAUCUCAUGGAAUAGAUCCAAGCCACUACACCAAGGAAUUACUUUGGGGAGAGUUGUGUGUGUGUGUGAAGUUGAACUGCCACCAAUUGAUCUGGAAGGAGGACAUUUUAACAACCCAAAUAGGACCAGUUUCCCCAUCAACGUUUGGCCCCACAAGGCGACUCUGUCAGUGCUGUAACCAGCUAAAGACAAUCUCUGUUUCUAUCUUUAGACUGAUUUUCAUUUUUAUAUUUACUGUGUUGAACAUGGAGGACGACCGGGCAGCUGAAUUGUAUAUACAAACUACAAAGACUACAUUUGUAGCCCAUUUUCUGUGUCCCUUUGUCACCUCUUCUUUGACUUCUAUGAUGUUGUGUAGUAUGGUGUUUGGCAUUAAACUCUGAUUUGAAUAGACUGAA